AUCCAAAAAAUUACUUUUUUUUUUCAGAGAAGUGUGACAAAAGAAAGAAGCGCAGGAGAAUAGUCUGUGAAAGAGAUGUAUGCAUUCUCGUGGGAGGGGAGAGCAAUGAAGUUAUUAUGCUGAGAAUUCAUUUUCAUUUCUAUGGCGGUGGCUUUGAGCGUCUGGAAUCUCAUCACACUCCUCAUCCUCUCCAUCGCCGUCAUCUACUGCGUUGGUGCUUUGCAGGAUAACUCUUUUCCUUCUCCUCCCUUAUUAGUCUCUCGGAUUGCCUUCGGCUCGUGCGCCCAUCAGAGCUCUCCUCAGCCGAUAUGGGAUGCCAUAAUCAAUUUUGAUCCCCAGCUCUUUAUUCAUCUGGGUGACAAUAUCUAUGGGGAUAACAAACGUCCCUUUAGGAUGUUUGGGAAGGAGAGAACAAUUGGGCCUUGGAAAAAUAUGCCUAGGUUCUACCCUUCCUCUGAGCAGGAGAUGCUGAAAAAGUAUGAGAUGGCUAAGCAAGUUCCAGGGUACUCUCAGUUAAGGAAGAAGGCUCAGGUCAUUGGCACCUGGGAUGACCAUGAUUAUGGCUUAAAUGAUGCAGGAAAAGAGUUCAGUGGGAGGAACUCUAACCAAAGGCUUCUAUUAGAUUUUUUGGAUGAAGAUGAAGAUAGUCCAAGAAGAAAACAAGAUGGUGUCUAUGCUUCAUACUUAUUCGGACCAAAGGGGAAACAGAUAAAGGUUAUUCUUUUGGAUACUAGAUAUCACAGAGACCCAAUUGGCAGCGAUGGAACCAUAUUGGGUGAUUCUCAAUGGGCGUGGUUGGAGAAAGAAUUGAAGGGUCCUGGAUCAGAACUUACCAUCAUAGCCUCUUCAAUUCAGGUGGUGUCAAAUCUUUCUGCAACCACUGGUCCAUUAUUUGGCAUGGAAUCAUGGGCACGUUUCCCAAAGGAAAGGAAGCGGCUCUUCAAGCUCAUAACUGAUACUAAGAGGAAUGGAGUUUUAUUCAUUAGUGGCGAUGUUCACUUUGGAGAAAUCACACGUUAUGACUGUGGAACCGAGUAUUCACUAUAUGACAUAACCUCAAGUGGACUUACACAAGCCGUUGAGUUGGCUGUGCCGCCACCUUUAGCUUUCAUUGUCAGAUUUUUAGCAUGGUUGACACCGAGUACCAUGAGAAUUUACAACCAAAAAUGCCGAUACAAAUCUUGUGUGUAUGGUCAGCGAAAUUUCGGAACAAUUGAGAUACAAUGGGAUGCAACUCCACAGAGAAUGAAAGCUGAAGUGAGGGAUCUGACUGGAGCUCUUGUCACUGGGGUGGACAUAUUGUUUUCUGAUUUGCAACACAGAAACACAGUUUCUGCAUUUGAUGAAGAAAAGGUCAAGCACCGACAUUGCACUCUUGAGACCGAUCUUCCGUGGAUAGUGAGACGCCGUCUGGCCUUUUUCUGUUUUGGAGCUAUAGCCGCGCUGUUAGUUGGAUUGGUUUUAGUAACAUACAUGCUAGUGAGAAUCAGCAAGAAGCUAGUGACAAAAUUCAAGGUUGAUUGAACACUCUAUAUCAGUAAAUUGCUUGCAAGAGGGCCCAAAACUGCAAGCUUUAGUAGUCAAAAGCAUUCAUUCAUGAACUACUCAAGUGCACACAGCAUUGACAAUCAUGUGUCCCGUUGUCAGCAGACUCAGCACAAUCUAACAUGCCUUUGUGGCCAUUUUACUAGUUUGUAUACUGUUAAGUGUUAAGAACAAAACUAUACUCAACAUCACACUUCUCUGUUAUGACUUGUUAUAGUACCACCUCCACUUCA